AGACUAUACCUCCACACCGAAAGAUACGAAUUGUAUUAGCUCCCUUGUCGAAAGAGUUACUUGCCAAUGCUGGGUACCUAUCAUGGCUACAUAGUCCGUUAAAACAAAGUGUUUUGUUAGUUAGCUGUGUAAACCUAAAUCGAUUCUCUGAGAAAGCAAGUGAUAGGAUAAGUCAGUUACUUCAGUCAUCUAACGUUAACCGGCGGCUACCAAGUUAACGUUGUCAUCUCACACUGUCCUGUCAGCUAUCCGAGACUUGGCGAGUGAGCUACGCCUUUCACUGCUUUCGCAUGUGUGUGUUUCUGACAGCGCUUAUCGUAGCUGGAUUCGCUGGCCAGCUUCCAAGCUAGUUGGGUGUUUAUUCACUCAUCGCACUAUUUCUUGCGUCUUGGUAGACAGCUGAAAUGCUUUCGUUAAGGAGGUUGGGCUGUGCUUGUUCGGUACGCCAUCCGUGACCCACUUUGGCCUAGUCCCGUUGACUCCAGCUAGAACCAAACAGCGGUGUUUGACUGUCUGUCUUGUCCCAUUUGGGACAGAAACAGGCCCCGACAUCACUGGAAGCAGGACACAUCUUUCUACCAACUGACUGACCAAAACAAAGAAACGCAAGAGCGGAGAACGUCCCGUCGCUCAGCUUUGACAGUUGAUUUCCCAGCUCUGAUGUCCCAUCCUCUUUAACUGACCGCAGUCAUGAUGCCGAUGAUCCUGACGGUGUUCCUGACCGACAGCGAGAAGCUGCUGACGGAGGUCCCCAUCACGCCCGACACCACCUGCGGGGACGUGGUGGAGUUCUGCAAGGAGCCCGGGGAGAGCGGCUGCCACCUGGCCGAGGUGUGGCGGGGUAACGAGAGAGGCAUUCCCCUCGACCACAUGAUGUACGAGCACCUGCAGAAGUGGGGACCUCGGAAGCAGGAGGUGAAGUUCUUCCUCCGCCACGAGGACUCGCCCACGGAGAGCAGCGACCAGAGCAGCCAGCAGUCUCAGGACCAGAGCAACAAGAAGAACGCAGCCAACACUGAAAAGCAGGGCCAGAACGGGGUGGGGAAUCCCCGUGUGGAGCUGACCCUGUCGGAGCUCCAGGAGAUGGCCACGCGACAGCAGCAGCAGAUAGAGUCCCAGCAGCAGAUGCUCGUCGCCAAGGAGCAGCGGCUGCGCUAUCUGAAGCAGCAGGAGAGGAGGCAGCAGCAGGCCGUCUCCGAGACCGAGAAGCUGCAGAGGCUCAAAGAGCGCGUGGACAACCAGGAGGCCAAGCUGAAGAAGAUCCGCGCCAUGAGGGGGCAGGUGGACUACAGCAAGGUCAUCAAUGGCAACCUGUCGGCGGAGAUCGAGCAUAUCAACAGCAUGUUCCAGGAGAAGCAGCAGGAGCUGCAGUCGGCCGUGCUGAAAGUAGACCAGCUCACGCAGCAGCUGGAGGACCUGCGCAGGGGCAAACUCAACGGCCUGCAGACGCUGAGCGGUCAGGUGACCGGCACGGCUGCGCUGGAGCUGCGCAAGCUCUACCAGGAGCUGCAGAUCCGUAACAAGCUGAACCAGGAGCAGAACAGCAAGCUGCAGCAGCACAAGGACCAGCUCAACAAGCGCAACAUGGAGGUGACGCUGAUGGACAAGCGCAUCGGGGAGCUGAGGGACCGCCUCUAUAAGAAAAAAGCUGAGGCACGUCAAAAAGAGAACAUCCCUCUGAACAGGAUCAACGGGACCCCGUCCCCCCAGCCGGCCCCCGGGAGCUCGGGCCGCGUGGCCGCCGUGGGGCCCUACAUCCAGGUGCCCGUCCCGGGCCGGCAGGACGGGGGGUACGCGGUGCCCCCCGACCCCCUCAAACCGCAGUCGCUGGGAGUGACGGCCGCCAUCAACCACGCCCGCUCCAAAUCAGAGAGCGAGGGGCGUGGCGUCAGAAAGCCCCCUGGCCCGUGGAAGGUCUCAGAUUUAGACAUCAUAGUGGAUCCUCUGUUGCUGUCUCCCCCCGAGCCGAGACCGGGCCCCGGGGCGCCCUUGGGGUCCGACAGUGUGUCGUCCAACGAUGCCAACUGGCCCACGCUCAGCAAGGCCAAGCCCCCGGACUGGAAGGACUCCGGCAUGGACGCGGGAAGCAAGCUGGCCCCCCCAGGCACCCCCCCAACCACACACGCAGACAAGGGCCUGGACUCCAGUAAGCUGGCAGGGUCAGUCCCCGCCCUGUCCAAGGCCCUGCCCCCCAGCUACAGCACCUACCCCAGCCCGGGGCUGCUGUCCUCGGCCGGCUCCACCAGCUCCCUGGACCGCCGUAAGGACAGCCUCCCCCGCUCCGUCGCGGCCGGCCAGCCCUGGCACAGGGCCCCGCCCUCUCCCGGCUCCUCCUCCCAGCAGAUCCAGCAGCGCAUCACGGUCCCGCCCAGCCCCACCUUCCAGCCCGGCUCCCCGCUCUUCUCCCCCGGGGAGAGGACGGACCCCCCGCUGGCCGUGGCCGUGCGCCCCUACAUGCCCGACAAGGGCUCCCGGCCACAGUCCCCCCGGAAGGGCCCCCCCACCAUGAACUCCAGCUCCAUUUACCACAUGUACCUCCAGCAGGGCGGGCCCAAGAACCACCCCCUCAACAGCAAGCCUGCUGUCAAAGCAGUCUAUGGGAAGCCGAUCCUGCCCUCCAGCUCCACCUCUCCCUCUCCUCUGCCCUUCCUGCACGGGCCUGCGUCUCCCGGGGUCCAGGGUUCCGGGGAGGACGUGGUGGACAGGGAGGGAGACCCCCAGAGCGGCUCCCCGGGGCCCAGGGAGGCCCCCCCCAGCGUGGAGAACAUCCCGCGGCCGCUGAGCCCCACCAAGCUGACGCCCAUGGCGCACUCGCCGCUGCGUUACCAGAGCGACGUGGACCUGGAGAUCCUGCGCAAGAGGCUGGCCAACGCGCCGCGCCCGCUGAAGAAGCGCAGCUCCAUCACCGAGCCCGAGGGCCCCAGCGGCCCCAACAUCCAGAAGCUCCUGUACCAGCGCUUCAACACGCUGGCGGGGGGCAUGGAGGGCGGGGGCGUGGGCGGCACGCCCUUCUACCAGCCCGCCAACCCCCCCGACUACAUGGGCGGAGUCCUGGCCGACUUGGACAACGCCAACGUCGCCAACGGCAACCCGCCGGAGGCCCCCGCCCACACCGCGCCCCCGGCCGAGCUCCCCCAGACCAACCCCCUGCCCGUCCCCGCCCCCUCCUCCAACGCCAACGACAACCAGCUGCCCCCCCCGCCCACCGAGGAGCUGACGCCCGGGCAGCUCGUCCUGCCCCCGGACGCCACGGAGGACGCGAACAACAACAACCCCCCUGCCGGGCCCACGGACACCAUGCCCAGCCCAAUCCCCGAGGCCAGCCAUCCUGAGGAGGAGGGGACAACUCCAGCCACGCCCACCUCCCAGCCCACGGUCAAACGCACCAACCUGAAGAAGCCGGACUCAGAGCGGACGGGCCACGGGCUGCGGGUCAAGUUCAACCCGCUGGCACUGCUGCUGGACGCCUCCCUGGAGGGCGAGUUCGACCUGGUGCAGAGGAUCAUUUAUGAGGUGGAGAACCCCAGUAAGCCCAAUGACGAGGGCAUCACGCCCCUGCACAACGCCGUCUGCGCUGGCCACCACCACAUCGUCAAGUUCCUACUGGACUUCGGGGUCAACGUCAACGCCGCAGACAGCGACGGCUGGACGCCUCUACACUGCGCUGCGUCCUGCAACAGCGUGCACCUGUGCAAGCUGCUGGUGGAGUCGGGCGCCGCCAUCUUCGCCACCACCAUCAGCGACGUGGAGACGGCCGCCGACAAGUGCGAGGAGAUGGAGGAGGGCUACAUCCAGUGCUCGCAGUUCCUCUACGGCGUGCAGGAGAAGCUGGGGGUGAUGAACAAGGGCACGGUCUACGGCCUGUGGGACUACGAGGCGCAGAGCCCCGACGAGCUGUCCUUCAGAGAGGGCGACGCCGUCACCGUGCUGCGCCGGAAGGACGACAGCGAGACCGAGUGGUGGUGGGCGCGGCUCAACGACAAGGAGGGCUACAUCCCGCGCAACCUGCUGGGGCUGUACCCCAGGAUCAAGCCGCGACAGCGCUCGCUGGCAUAGCUCCCCCCGACGACCCGCAGGGUGGGCAGCACCAGCCCGUCCUUCUGGGCGUGAAACAGGACAUGCGGACAAGGACUGGAUCGUGGCCCUGCCCUUUUCCGCGUCGCCGCCGCCCCCUGGCAGGAGAAACGUGGCUCCGGGGACGGCGGCGUGAGGUUUAUUGGACUGUGUGGGCAGACCACGCCCACACAGCGACCUGGACUCAGGCGGACCCAGACCCGGAGGCCGAGGCGCUCAGCCUCUGGUUCAUCUCACGUCUGGUUCAUUUUUCAUUUCAUCUCAAGGCUGAAGCCUACUUAUAACGGAAAGGUCCAUCACUACUCACCCAUUCUAUUGUUUUUUGUUUUUUUUUAACACUGCCCAUUGGCAUUGAAGGAAUGCUGUUCAUUUCUUUCCACGUUGUGUCUGUUUUCUCUACUUUUGUGUCAGAGGGGACGUGAAUGUGUUGUGUGAAGCCAAGAGGAAGUGAUGCGUUCUGAAUGGGCGGAAAGCAGGGUUUGUGAGGAAGUGAUGCGUUCUGAAUGGGCGGAGAGCAGGGUUUGUGAGAAAGUGAGUUGUGAAUGGGUGGAGAGCAGGGUUUAUAAUAAGUGAUGUACUCUGAAUGAGUGGAGAGCAGGGGUUGUGCAGGAAGUGAUGCGCUCUGAACAGGCAGAGGGCAGGGUUUGUCAGCGUUUGACGUCAUCGAGUGACGAAGGAAGCCCUGUGGAGACGGGUCCCCCGCCUGUGAGAAGGACCAGAGCAGGACCACAGGGCCUCCCUCGUAGCCAGGAAGAUGGCGGAAGAAAAGAAAGCUGGUUGGAGGAGGCAGAGGCCGGCAGAGCCGUGCAGAGAUUAGGACGUGUAGUGCAGUUUUAGAGGAGUGCAGUGUAGGUGUUUAUUGAUUGGAAUGACGCUGGAGUGCUGGAGGAGGAUCAGAGGGCCGAGGGUGCUGAGGAUGUAGACUGAGCGUGUGCCAGAGGCACUGUCUGUUCCUCACAGGCCGCAGUCAGAGGAGUGUUUCAGCGAGAGCCGAGCGCUUUCAAAAACCGCUACGUGUGAAUCUUUUCUCCUUUUAAAAUAAACACUUUCAAGCAGGUCGUCCGUAAAACCCUAUAUUCGCGCAUUGUUUUACAUUUAGGCAGGAAUUUGUACGUUGCGUAACAUCGACUCGCCUUCCCCCCCCCCCCCCCUCUUUUAAGCGUUGUGUAAUUUUUACCCACACCAAGCCGAUGCUGUACAGAGCUUGACCGCUGAAUAUAUCUGUAAAUACUGUGGCGAGAGCGAGUGAAGGGACGUUUGCCUUUCUGCUGUAUGGAGCAUAACUGCGAUGCGGGUGCCGUAUGGCACACAGGCACACUACUCACGCGACCUGUUAUGUAAAUGUGCACAAUAAAAUGAUGCCCUGGCAUGAGAA